CAUAUAAAAUAAAAACCUCAGUACAGCAAAUCAUAUAGAAAUAUGUAUUCCUGGACUCUUGCACUACCUCCAGUUACAGCCAACUUUGCACACCAUUUGCGAUUAUUAAUUAAUGUUUGUCAGUACAUUAUAUCUUGUCGCUCAAACUGUCCUCAUUUCAGCGUGGGGCUGGGUAACCGUGUAUCUCACUGCACAUUGUACAGCUGUGAAUGUAAUACAUAGAACUUUGAAACCUGAAAUCAGUAAGUUGAGUAACCGAAGACGGCUCGGAACAGCCUUUUCGGAAAUAGCAGACAGUGUUUCUAAAGCGCCGAACUAUCACCAUUGCGUGAGUCAUUAACUAACUAAAGCAUAUACAUCACUCACGUGUUUUCUUAUCAAGACAAUAAAGCCAACUACAAUGGUAAUACGAGAGCGACCCUGGUGCCGGAUCACCAUGAAGAUACAAAACGAUCACGUGACAUAAAAGGACCCUGACGACAGGCAACCUGAGACAAGAAGGAAACAAACAACACGCCGGGGAUGCGGAUUACGUAACCGCGCUCCAGACUACGUCGCUGUCCGUGUCGCGAUAGCCGGUGUCACGUGGUCGGGCGAGGGUGAUUGUGGGAAAACAAACAGCGCUGUGAGCUACGUCUCCAGUGUUUGUGGAAGCGGCUGGAGGUGGUGACGGCUUUAGUCGGCGAAGAAGCGGCUUGUACGACGGGGAGGAGCAGCUGCAGCCCGCCCAGCCGGGAAAACUCCAGUGUGAUGAUGUGCGCGGGAGUCCGAAGGAAACGUACGGGGCACUGCCGUUUUCACACGGACUGCAGUUCGACGGGCGACUCGUAAAAGUUGGACUCUGUCCGGACUGCCAGCGGGGCUGUGGUGAGCGGGUUAGUCGGCCCACUGACUAAGCGAUCGGGGUCGCCCAGAGGGUCAGAACCGUGUAGCCGGCCCAACGACCAAGUGAUCUAGGGCGCCCGGGGGUGAGUGCCGCGUAGCCGCUUCCCCAGGGGAAUAUGGCGUUUGUCACCCCGCAGCAGCAGCGAGCGGUAAACGGCGCGUCCCCGGAGCGGCCGGGUUCGGGACCGGUGUACGCCAGAUAAAGACGGCACUUUUUUUGAGGGGGAGCUAUUGGCUGCCUUUACCGAACCGCGUCCGCUCGUCUGGGUCAGUAAGACAAGCUUAGCGGCCGAAAGGCUCGUAUGGAGCCGCUCUGCAGCGGGGAUGUAGCUGGCACUGCUCGGAAAGUUUGUAUCCUGCUUAAGCAGCAUCAGUGACGGACGAUUUAGCGCAGAGCCAGCACCUCUGCGCCCGACGUGCGGCCGACGGGGAAACAUGUGGAACCCAGGAUCUGCGGGCCUGCAGCUCAUAGGCAAGGUCUUGAAACAUGUGGCGGGCAAAGGGCAGCUGCAUCUGAGGAGCUGGCUGCAGAGGUCCGCCCAGGACUCAGCCGACUGCGAGAAGAUGGACAUCCUGAUAUGCAGCGCAUUUGAGGAGAGGGUCGCCGGCGGCAAGCUGGAAGCCGAACUGGACGGCGAAGUUGGCGCGGACGGCGGCGUCUCCUUCCUCGGGGACGCCCGGCACCCCUACUGCGUUUCCACCUGUUGCUUUAAGAGCGCUGUCUUGGUCUGUAUCCUGACAGCCGUGUGCUUCUCCUCGGUGGCCCUGGUGCGCCAGUACCUGAAGGACCUGCUCAUGUGGGUGGAGAGCUUGGACAGCCUCGUGGGUGCGCUGCUCUUCAUAGUGGGCCUGAUCUUGGUGUCAUUCCCCUGCGGUUGGGGCUACAUCGUCCUCAACGUGGCGGCCGGAUACCUGUACGGCUUUGUGCUCGGCAUGGGGCUUGUCAUGGUCGGGGUGCUCAUCGGGACUUUCAUCGCUCAUGUAGUCUGCAAGCGCUUAUUAACAGACUGGGUUCUGACCCGGAUAGGGAACAGCGAGCAGCUGAGUGCUGUCAUACGGGUGGUGGAAGGGGGCAGUGGACUUAAAAUUGUGGCCUUAGCGCGACUCACCCCGAUACCGUUUGGACUUCAAAAUGCGGUAUUUUCGAUCACAGAUGUGUCGCUGCCAAAUUACCUGGUGGCUUCCUCCGUCGGUCUGCUGCCUACACAGCUCUUGAACUCGUACCUGGGGACCACGCUCCGGACGAUGGAGGACGUCAUUGCGGAGCAGAGUGUCAGCGGCUACUUCGUGUUCAGCUUGCAGAUCGUCAUCAGCAUCGGCCUCAUGUUCUAUGUCGUCCACCGAGCCCAAGUGGAGCUGAACGCCGCCAUCGCUGCCUGCCAGAUGGAGCUGAAGACGUCGUACGUGAAUGGCGGGGUGCUGAACCACGGCGGGGUCACCUACUGCAGCAAGCGGACCGGGGUCACCGGGGGCGGGGUCAACGUGGUGUGAGCCCAUGCUGAGCACAGAUACAAGUACAUGUAAUAUAUAAAGGAAACCAUUUUAAAAUUCGUCGGUAUGAGCCGAACACUAAGGGCGAAAAUGCAGCUGAUGGAGGCUUGUGGCCGGCGGAUGCUGUCCUUCCGCCGCGCGCCUCUGCUCUUCUGGGAGAAGGGGGGGCCCUGCGGGGAUUUUUCCGGAUACCGGCCCGUUACCCUGGGCACUACGGCGUAACGGGGAGAGUUAGUCUGAGCCGCUGGACGUAAGGACAUCGGGAGGCUGAGCCAGCUUACGCCCGAUCCAGCAUCUAAGAUGGCUUUGAAGUGCAUUUUAUGUAGUGUUACCUGGCUGUGCAUUUCAUUAUUUUCUUCCUUGAUAAUAUUCUAUUUCAGUUCCUGUUUUUCCUCUAAUUUAAAGCCAGGAGAGCAAUGGGGCUGUAUGUACCCCCUGGUCUCCCCCUGUCUGCUGCUGGGGGAGUUUGCCUACCCCCCUCUCCACCCUCAUGCAGCAGGUCGCUCUCUGCCUGGUCCGUCCUUCACGUCACGACGCCAACAGAUGGCGAAUCUUAGCCCGGAGCUCAAACGGGGCAAAUGGUCAGAUUGCGCAGUGCCGCGAGGUACCGGGUGUCAUGGACGUCAUGAGCAAAGGCCAGGAAGCUGUAGAAUGUUCUGUAGCGUACGCACUUCUAUAUAAACAUCUUGCCCAAUGAGCGCACAUGCAGUUUUAUUCGCUUCUGAAUUGUUAAAUUGUAUUUGAGACUCGCGUUAAAUAGUUUUGAUGAUAUAAGCUGCUUUAUGACUGUUGUCUGAAGGGCCCCCUCACUGGGGUGACUGGAGCGGUUUUCUGGUUUGAAAACACAGGUGCCGUGUGUGUGUGUGUGUGUGUGUGUGUGUGUGUGUGUGUGUGUGAGAGAGAGAGAGAGAGAGAGUUAGUUCGUUCACUUGAUGUGCUGUGGACACUGCGUCAUGCGAUGCCCUCCUUAACUGGGGGUCUGUACGGUACAUGGUGACAGGGCACUAGUUCGCAUCCAUAGAUCCUGCUUGUAUCGUGUAGCACAGUGUUUCCCAACCCGGUUGUCAGGAAACCCCAGAAAGUCUAGCGGAGAUGUAGGCUGUGUGGCAGGAAGCAGAAGCACGGACCGUCUUGGGGUCCCCGAGGGCCGGAUUGGGGUCCCCGAGGGCCGGAUUGGUAAACACCGCUGUAGCUGCUCAAACGGCAUGGCAGACAUGGGAUCUCCCCAGUGCCGCUGGAACACUUACAUUUAUUAAUCUAUUAAGCUUCUUUUAGUCAAAAGUUUGACCAGUGCUGGCAUUGUUUUUGCGUCCUAUUGAAAUUUCUGAACAGAACCUGUUCUAUGUUAUUUUUAUUUAAUCUCUGUUCAUAUGUAUAAUAGUUGUCAACACUUGACUUUCUUACUAACAGUUGAUUGUUGUGCAAUGUAUGCCAAGUAAUUUUUUUUUUUUUUUAAUUAAAUGUUUAAGUUUGACCUACAUCCCAGCUGUUAAUUUGUUUAAAGCUAUCAUUAGCUAUAUUUUAGAGCAGAUCAGAUGACAGUUUUGCAGCUUAAGGCCCCGUGUGUGAAACUGAGCAAUAAUUUUUGAAAAGCAAAUGAAUCUUAUUCACUUAAGCUGGAUAUCAAAGCAUCUGACAUUCCCAAGCUUGUGCUAGAAUGCUAACCUGCCUUGUGCCUCCUGCUGCAUAUAACAUAAUGGACCGGCCCAGGGCUGCAAACGGGUCCCAUUAUGGGUUUUGGGCAAGGUUGUUCAGCAACCCCGGCCCGAUCCGGUCCGAUGCAAAAAAAUUAAAAAAAAAUUGGUGUUUGAACACAGGCUUCAGUCUGACACGCUUUUAAAAUGUACCAGGCUCGAAAAGCCAUGUCAGUCUCGUGGAAAUGCUUGUGCAGUGUUUAAAGAGGUAUGAACUUAAGAUGGUGGGGAUUCAAGGAAGUGAGGAUGUCUUUGGCAGACUGAUAUGUCCAUAGCAGUGCUGAGAAUCACAAGCUGGGCAAGACCCCGUGUGACGGCAGGCGCAGGUCCGGCAUCAUUGGGACGUGAGACGUGGCCCGACAAAGUGCAUUACAUAUAUGCUGUAUUUUGACAUACAGAGACGUUUACAGUGUGUAAAAUGAAUAUCGCUGUAAGGCUUGUUCAGUGUUAUCAAAUAAAAUGUCAAAGUGUAAGUUACUCUGCUCUGGGAUGCAAAAUCUAUAGAAUAAAAAAAUUUAGAACUUAAA